AUGGCUCACCAUCGACAUUUGCUUCAGCAUGAUUCCAUCUCUGGCGACGCCAUCUUCUCGCCUACUGUCGCCCGCCUUGCCGCCUCCAAUGCCCGUGAUUGGUCUCACAUCGAUUCCUGGAUCGCCUCCAAGUUCCCUCCUGGAACCACCUUGCCCCCCUUCGAACGGAAUCGCGACACUCUCGAGGCACUCUUGGCUCUUGUGUCCGCCAACGAGGCUGCCGAUGAGGAAAAUCGAAUGCUCCUUCAAGCCGAGAUCGCGGCCCUCGAGGAAGUUAAGAGCGCACAUGCUGCGGUAUCGAUGCAUACCUCGCCGAGACAGCACAUCCUCACCAUGAUACAAGAUGAGCUUUCGGAGGAGGGAAAGAUGUCUCUCGACUCCCUCGCCAGGACGGUCGUGCAAACGGAAGCCACCCAUCUGGAUCCUUGUGAGCUGGGGAGCGCCAUCGUGGCCUUGCAGAGCUCCAUCUGUGAAGUCGAACAGAUGACCGACCGCGUCGAUUCCCUCCAACGCCUUUUCCACCGUGAGUCGGAGCAGGCUACGCAGCUCCUCCGCGCUCUAGAGGGCGAUGACUACGCGCCGCCCGCCGACCUGGCAACGGUAAACCUGAACCUGCAGCGCAGAAUCAAGUCAAUGUCUACGAAACACCCAGCCGCUGCCACCACCACUGUCGCCUCCGUUGCUGCCGUUGGCCACCCUACCGUCAAGGAUAUUGCGAUCGAGGAGCAGCAUGUCCACGCUUUGCUUGACCGGAAGAGGAUCUUGGAGACGGAGAUGGCCAGAUUUGCCCAUUUUGCCAGCGAUUCCCGAUAG